CAUGUGGCGUGUUUUCCCACGCUCAUAUCCUCUCUACUGCGAUUACGAUGAUUCCGAAGCCUUGGCCAGAUAAACCAUCGGUAUUGCACGAAUUUAAGGCCAUUCUCCUCGACGAGUUCAUUCAAUCCCAUCCUGACACGAUCCCAGUCGUAUGCUUAAUGUGGACGGGAACAAGUGCAAGCUAAUUUUUGCUGCUCGGCAUGGACAGGGGUGGCAUAAUGUAGCUGAGGCGAAGUACGGCACCAAGGCAUGGAAUGAAUACUGGUCUAAGCUGAAUACUGAUGGGGAGAUAAUUUGGGGCCCCGAUCCCAAACUCACGCCUCUUGGUGAACGAGAAGCACAAAAAUUAGGCGGUCCAUUCACGUUGGGUGGAGGAAUUAACCUCAAUGAUCUACCAGAAGUGAAGGCACGAUUCUCCCCUCUAGUAGUUGAGUAUAUUCGGGAGACCAACGGUGAACAUACAUGCGAUAUGCGACGCACCUAUGGGGAAAUACACUCCGACUUUCCAACCUAUCGUUUUGAAGGAAGUUUUACUGAACAAGAUGGGCUCUGGACACCAGAGCGAGAGACGGAUACUCACGUAGCGAUACGUGUCAGGGAUGUGUUGGAUCGGAUAUUUGAAUCGGAUGCCAAUCUUUUCAUUUCUAUCACUUCUCAUUCAGGUUGGAUAGGGGGUUUGCGUAGUGUAACAGGUCACCACGAUUAUAACCUCCCAACUGGUGCCUCUGAUAAUCCAAGCAACUCCCAUAAACAAGCACAACUUUUAAAAGCACGCUAUCAAGGUUGCAUGAAUACAAUGGACUGUAUUAUAGUUCACAGGAUGCAGAGUAAUGGUCAACCCAACGACGGCCGCACUUGUUAAGAUAUCUGUCUACUACUCCAUGGAGUUGGCGCAUGAGGGCUUGGUUCGAAUCGAUGAUCUCGUGAAGUUCAUCUAGACAGCAUGAGUAUCACGGAAGAUCUAAUUGGGUAAACACAUACCCUUCUUAGAAUGUUGAUCGGCAGCAUUCAGUGCCUUCGAAAUAUCGAAGAGACUAGCAUGCAUCAACAACUGAUUGUACAACAUAGCAUCGGUGUACUGGUGCACAAUAAAAAGGAAUCAGCCAUCGCAU